UCAAGGCGAACGCACGCGAGCAGCGCAAAAGAAAUAUCAGCAGCAACUUCAGCCCAGAAGAACUCAAAACUCCUCCGAGAGCAACUUAUAUAACGACUGAUUAGCCCAACGCUUACUUUAGUUAUUCGGUCAACUCCCGACGGUCAAGUUCGCAGCGAUCGCGACUUGACAAAUAAAAGAAAAAAUUCACAAAAUAUAAUAAAUCCGUGGCUUUGACAGGAACAACCAAAGUCAAGUGCAACAUUCAAUACCCACCAAAUGUGCAAUGUGUGUAAUCAGCAAACAGUGAUCAUUUGCAUACAUGAAAAAAACUCAUCUCGAAAGUGAAGCGUGACUCAGCAUCGAUAGCCAAAAAUCUUGGAGGAACAAGACAAUCCGAAAGGAAAGGAUACUUUUCGGUCACUACUGAAACUACUCACGAAGUCACAGUUGCACGUUAUUCUUGCUGAAUACGACGAAGGAAGUAGACCCGAUUUGAGAGGAUUGAAGCCACGAGAGCAAACAGUUAAGACAAAAUGUUUCUACGCCGCUGCACGUUUCUGCUACUGAUCUGCCUAAUUGCGAGUGACGCCGCCAGCGCCGCACGCAAAACAAAACGUCCUGUCAAGCCGGUCAAGCAGACCAAUCCGCGCACCAAUGUAACGCCUUCGUCGCCGGCAGUAGCACCAUCUGGUGGCUCCACACCCGCCAGCACCACCAGCACCACUAGCAACACCAGCACCACGGAGGGAAACGGCGAUCUGGAAGCGGCCACAGUGGGAUCUGGAUCUGGGGCUCCAGCUGGUGGCAGCGGAGAGCUGCCGAAGCCCCUAGUCACGCCCAUCGAGCCUCAGCCGGAGGCGAAGACGGACAAGGCACCAGUCGGAGUUCAAGAAGAGGAGUGCGAUCCAGAUAUGAUUGGAUUCGAGAUCAUUACUGGCUACGUGCUUUCGGCUCCCUCCAAAAUGCUGGACACUUUGCCCGGGACUCUAAUGCUCACCGACUGCUUGGAGGCCUGCCAAAAUAACGAGUCCUGCAGCGCUGUCAACUACGAAACCGGAUUGUGUGUGCUGUUUAAGACGACCGCCGAUAAAUUGCCAGGUUCACUUUCGCGCUCGCAGUUUCCGGUUUUCACCAUCUACGCACAAAAAUCGUGUUUGGGCGUGCGUCCUUGCUCAAAGGCCUGGUGCAUUGAUCGCGUUCAAGGUUACCGCCUCCCAGAGCACGUCAAAUCUAGUCAGACGGUUCUGUCGCGACGGGACUGUUUGGAACUCUGCCUGGGCGAGACCGAAUUCACAUGCCGAUCGGCCAACUACUACCGCCACUCGGGUCUCUGUGAGUUGUCCGACAUGGACCGCAUUACCUUGUCCGCCGGAGGAAGCGUGGAGCCCUACGAUGGAGCCGACUAUCUGGAGAACAACUGCGCCGAGGAGCCUAGCAAGCUGUGCGAGUUCAAGCGGAUUUCGGGCAAGAUCCUGAAGACAGUGGAUUCGGUUUACCAGGACAUCAAUACCAUUGACGAGUGUCGUGAUCUCUGCCUGAACUCCCCUUAUAGAUGCCAUUCGUAUGAUUAUAAUGAUACUGGGGACAUGGUCUGCCGCCUGUCGCAUCACAGCAGAGCUACCCUAACUGAUGUAAUGGAUCCCUACUUGGAUGUUCCCGAGGCAGCCACCUAUGAACUGUCCGCGUGUUAUAAUGUCUCCAUUGAGUGCCGUUCUGGGGAGAUGAUUACCAAGAUAAGGACCUCUAAACUCUUCGAUGGCAAGGUUUAUGCCAAGGGAGCUCCCAAAUCCUGCGCUGUGAAUGUGAAUAACUCCCUGGAGUUUGAUUUUCGUAUGGGUUACAAUGAUCUGGAGUGCAAUGUCCGACAGAGUGCGUAUGGCAGAUACAUGAACGACAUUGUGAUUCAGCACCACGACAUGAUCGUCACCUCUUCCGAUCUUGGACUGGCUGUCUCCUGUCAAUACGAUUUGACGAACAAAACGGUACUGAAUGAUGUCGACCUGGGUGUAACUGGAGAGAUUGAGUCAUCCCUGAGUGAGGAGAUCACCAUUGAUUCGCCCAAUGUCAUCAUGAAGAUAACCUCGCGGGAUGGCAGCGACAUGAAGAGGAUUGCCGAGGUUGGCGAUCCGCUGGCCCUCCGCUUCGAGAUCGUGGAACCCAACAGCCCGUACGAGAUCUUCGUCAGAGAACUGGUGGCCAUGGAUGGUUCCGACAGCGCUGAGAUAACGUUGAUCGAUGCUAAUGGCUGCCCCACCGACCAAUACAUCAUGGGCACCAUCCAGAAGCUGGCGCACAAUCGCAAGGUGCUGCUCUCGCAGUUCGACGCCUUCAAGUUUCCUUCAAGCGAAGUGGUCCAGUUCCGCGCCUUGGUUACGCCCUGCAUUCCACGUUGUGAGCCCGUGAUUUGCGACAGCGAGGAUGGCGCCAGUGGAGAGCUCAAGUCUCUGGUUUCCUAUGGUCGCAAGAAGCGAUCGGUACUGAAUGGAACUGAUGGUGCCGAGUUCUUGCUCAGCACACGCCAUCGACGUGAUGUGGGCCCUGUGGAUGAUAACAUACUGCUCAUGCAGUCCAUACAAAUCACAGACAAGUUUGGCUUCCAGCCAGAGGAUGGAACAACCACUACCCAUGAAAAUGACAGCGUUUCUGGUCCCCAUGAGAAGGCCUAUGCGGGCGUGGCCCAGGACAAGCUCACUUGCCUUAAUGGCUAUGGACUUAUUAUGGCCGGAGCCCUCUUUCUGCUGGCUCAGUUGAGCAUCUUUGGGAUUUGGAAGACCGUGCAGCGUCGCACCAGCAAGGAGCGCUACCUCUAUCAGCACGAGCCCACGCCCACCAUUACCUACGGAGCGCCCACCAUGUUGUACGGACCGCCUCCGAACUCCUCCGCGGGAUCCUCGUCGUCGGGAGCGUCCUACGGAGGCAGCGCCAAGGACACGCUGAGCAAACUCUACGACAGUGGCAUCAACGGACGCUACGGACAGCAGUUCUAGGGAGAUCUGAUCUGGGUGGCUCUCGCACUUAGCUGGGAACACUUAGCUGGGAACAAACGCAAUAUGCCUCGAAAGCUUCAAAAGAUUCGAUGAGACUUGAAUAGCAAAUAUUCGCCUAGCAGCGACACACACAUGAAAAUCAAUGGAAACCCUAGAUUAAUUGCAGCCUAGAAUAAGCCUACGAUUAGCUUACUCUUAGUUUUUGAUUUGCGAACACACACCAUUUUUUAUCUGUCACGAAUGCGCGCUUUUAAAUGGAUUGGAUAUCGAGGUUCCAGCAUUUUAAAUCUGCGCAUUGCCAAGCAAAGAACGGAACAUUUCUACCGCUAAAUUCGAAUUAGUUUAGAGCUAUAAUCUCUCUAGCGAAAGUUAGGCUAAUUAUAAUUAUAUGUUUAGUGAGAAAUCUGCUUCAAUGUCCUCGAGCGAAUUGCAUUUAUAACUAUUACACUAUUUAUUAUUAACUAUUGAGCUGCUGACAUUUUCACACAAAGUUUGCCAAAUAAUUUUGUAUCAAAAUGUUUUGUGCCAGGCUUCUGUGCAAGGCGAUAUUUCCUAGUUUCCGAGGUCCCACAAUUUAAAACUAUUACCCUAACUAUUUAUUUGCUAUUCGUACUUUAUAUUAUUUAUUAGCCGAAACGUAAGGCGGUGCUAAUUAUUAGGAGCUUCUUCAGAGCACAGGAGAUGAAAAUUAAUAAACAAAAAUUUGAUAAACGAAUUGUACUGAUUAAGUAAAGCAAUAAAGUCUACGCCUAAAAAAACAUAUUAAUAAAUAAAUGUCUAAAACAAAAA